AUGGCCACACUACGGGAAAGCUCCCGCUUAGGUCGGGCUAUUUGCAGGCAGCGCUCGCCAUGGCAAUUGACGCCUCUCGUCGCCCAGCGAUGCGCCGCCACCAGCGCUUCAAAGGCGGCUCCCGAGCUGGCUGACCUUGAGCCCGCUUCGUCCAUAGGUGUCCCAGGACCAGACGAGGCCGCCGUGAAGGCAUACGAUACGGCGAAGCGCAUCUCCGAGAGGCCACAGCAGCUUCCCGGAAAGAGGCAUUACGACCGCGGCCCGCUGCACCCCGUUCAAUCACCACCCUCCACCGACCCCACGGCACGAGACUUCGUUCCCGGUCCCUUCAACCUCCCCCGUCUGCGCCAGACCUACGAGUCCACCGUCGCCUCCGACCUGUUGACAAUGACCUACCUCCACAAGCCCCCGGGAACCCCAGACCGUCCGGAGCGCGAGCGACUACGUGAGUGGGACGACUCCUCGCCGUACAACAUCAACCGUCCCCGCCGCGGUCCCAGAGGAGGAAGCAAGCUGGACCUUCUCGAGAAGAACGUCACCUGGCACAAUAUCCCCCAGAUCAAGGCCGUCUCGCUGCAUGCCUUCAUGCCCGGUAGCAAGAUGCCCCACGGCACGCUCAACGUCGCGCGUUCCGUUAUCCAGUCCAUCAGCGGCUCCUGCCCCGAGAUCACUGAGGUCACAACCAACGUCGUCCAGUGGAAGAUUCGCAAGGGCGACAAGGCCGGUGUCAAGACCACCAUUUACGGAAACCAGGCCCUCGAGUUCCUCGACAAGCUCAUCAACCUUGUCCUGCCCAAGAUCAAGGACUGGCCCGGUGUCGAGGCUACCACUGGUGACGCCAACGGCAACCUCUCCCUCGGUCUGAAGCCUGAUGACCUUGCGUGGUUCCCCGAGCUCCAAAUCAACUAUGACAUGUACCCCGCCAGGCUCAUUCCAGGUUGCCAUAUUCACAUCCAAACGACCGCCACGUCAAACCGACAGGCUAGGCUGCUGCUCCAGGCCCUUGGUCUUCCGUUCCAUGGAAAGUUCAGGGAUUGA